UAUUAUAUAAAAAGAGGAGACCAAAUUCUUGUUUUCUUUUUACCAGUAUUAUUUCAUCAUGCCCGAGCCGGCCAAGUCUGCUCCCGCCCCGAAGAAGGGCUCCAAGAAAGCGGUGACCAAGGCCCAGAAGAAGGAUGGCAAGAAGCGCAAGCGCAGCCGCAAGGAGAGCUACUCCGUGUACGUGUACAAGGUGCUGAAGCAGGUCCACCCCGACACCGGCAUCUCUUCUAAGGCCAUGGGGAUCAUGAACUCCUUCGUCAACGACAUCUUCGAGCGCAUCGCGAGCGAGGCUUCCCGCCUGGCGCAUUACAACAAGCGCUCUACUAUCACCUCUAGGGAGAUUCAGACCGCCGUGCGCCUGCUGCUUCCGGGGGAGCUAGCCAAGCACGCGGUGUCGGAGGGCACCAAGGCCGUCACCAAGUACACCAGCUCCAAGUAAAUUCUCAAGCUCUUUGUCAAACCCAAAGGCUCUUUUCAGAGCCACUCACUAUUAUCUAAAGAAGAGCUGAUUCGCUCUUCCGAACGCUGAGGGCGAGGGAUCAUAAAUCAU